AUGGACACUAUCCUGACCUUUGAUACUGUCAUAUCCUUCAAAAACCCAUACUUGGAUAUCAAGGCUAUUAUCGACAAUGAAGAGGAGGAGGAGGAGGAGGAGGAGCAGGAAGAAGAGGAGAAAAAAGAGGAGGAGGAACUGGCCGAGUUGCUCACUGACGUCCAACACAGUCAACAAGCUCGGGCAUUUCUUGAUAAUGCAUGUGUCAGCGAUGAUGCUGUUGAUGCAGAAGCCAUGGCCUGGUCUAUUAUGGAGAGAGACAUGGUGACUAGACGUGCACAGUGGGCCUCGCAGUCGGGUGGUGCAGUCAUCUCUCUUGCCCCCGAUGGUAUCCACCUUCAAGCCACGAAAGAUGGUUUCCUCUCUCCUUGGGUGUGCAUCUCGUGUGGUACAUAUAAGCACGAUGUGCCCUUCGUGGAGUUGUGA